AUGUCAUGGAUUGCUUUCGCCCCUGUGUCGAACUAUGCGAAUAAUAGUAAGCUCCUAAUUUCUUGUCGCAGGUUUUCUAUGGUGUAUAUGAUCUGUACAAUACCAGUUGGCUUCUUCGCUAUGUGGACAGGUCGUCGCUUCGGCUUGCGGAGUGCUAUCUUAAUUGCAGGAUGGACAAAUGGUAUUGGCGGCCUGAUUCGGUUAUCUAGUUCAUUCCUUCCUCUGCAAUAUCGGUUCCCAGUUGGAAUCACUGGACAGGCGAUUGCUGCAAUUGCUUACCCUUUUAUUAUGUUUUUGCCGACGAAGGUUGCGGGAUCAUGGUUUCCCGAUACUCAGCGCGGCUUAGCAACAACCAUUGGAAUAAUGUCUAAUCCGCUUGGAGUACUUCUGGCCAAUGUGAUCAGUCCUCAAAUGGUCCGUGCUCCAAAUCAUAUUGUGUACUUGAACAUCUUCACGUUUGUUCCUGCAGCUGUGGCUAUGGUUCUUGCAACGUUCGCGGUUAAAAGUAGCGAACCGAAAAUACCACCGACGUUCAGUGCUAGCAAACCUCAGAUGGAUUUCUUCCCUGGUUUGAAAGCGUGCAUGAUGUCAAAACAAUACAUUAUCUUAUUUAUCGUCAUGGGUGGUGGAAUCGGCAUGUUCAAUUGUCUCUACACCAUCAUGCAGGGCCUCCUCUGUCCGUCUGGAUACUCAAAUUCUUUUGUUGGUCUGUGUGCUGCUCUCAUGAUUAUCGGCGGAAUCGUUGGAGCUGCCGGAAGUGGCAUGUUCGUGGAUCGCACAAAAAUGUAUGAAGAAACUAUGAAAGUCUCCAUGGGUCUUGCUGUAGUUUUUGGACUGAUUUUCAUGCAGCUUACUCUCCACCCAAAUUUUGCACCCCUCCUGGCCUUGUCCUGUGUCCUUUUCGGUAUAUUCGGAUUAGCUACUUACCCUGUUGGCCUCGAAUUGUCGGCUGAGUGCACGUUCCCAGUAUCCGAAUCUACAUCAACAGGAUUAAUUGUUCUUUGUGGACAGGUUCAAAGCGUUUUGUAUGUCCUUCUCAUGAAUCAGUUCGCACGUCCACUUCAGCCGGAACGUAUGCAUGAUCAGGUCUGCACCCUCGAUGUGACCGACAAGAUGAACCAACCUAAAGACAACACACAAGCUGUUAUGGUGUUUUCACUUCUGGCCGCCCUGCUUGUUUUGGUGCUUGUCAUUCUUUUCAAGCCAGUCUAUCGCCGUUUGGAAGCAGAGAAGGAGAACAGAGCUCGUAUCGACAAGGAUAAGGAGUCACGGAUGAACGAUCAGAAAAUAACUCUUCCUCGCGAAACCGUCACUCAACCGCUGAAUAAGGCGGAAAACGUUUAG